AUGAAUAUCGCACAGCCCGUCGCCUCCGAGGUGGAGAGCGUCGAGUUCACAUUUCUCUCCGCCGAGGAAAUCCGGGCCAUAUCCGUCAAGCGGAUCGAGAAUGAAAGCACCUUCGACAAUCUCCUAAACCCGGUGCCUGGUGGUCUCUACGACCCGGCCCUCGGCUCCUGGGGCGAUUCACCAUGUUCGACUUGCAACUUGAACCAGGCCUCGUGUCCCGGCCAUCCGGGUCACAUCCAGCUGCCCGUCCCCGUCUAUCAUCCUGUUUUUAUGGACCAGGCAUACCGCCUCCUUCGUGCGACAUGCGUCUACUGCAAAGGCUUUCGCCUGCCACCCAAGGAGCUACAUAAGUACACGUGCAAGCUCCGCCUCCUCCAGCAUGGCCUCAUACAACAGGCCCACAUUGUCGGGUCCAUCGGCGAGAACGAACUUGCUGUGGAACUUCAGGAGUCCCUCGGCCUGGGGGAUAGCGAAGCUGAAGAGGAAGGCACCUCUUCCAUCGACAACGUCACCCGCGCGAGGGAGAAGUACGUGCAGCGCUGUCUUCGCGGGGGCAAGCUGCGGAGGGGCGAUGUGAAGAAGGGCAAGCACGAGGGUGCCAGCGAGAUGCGUCGCGAUGUCAUCAAGGAGUUUCUGGCCGACAUCACCAAGAAGGCAGUGUGCGCCAGCUGCGGCGGCAUAUCACCGACAUAUCGGAAAGAUAGAUUUGUCAAGAUCUUCGAAAAGUCGCUCUCCGGAAAGGAGAAGGCCAAGAUGGCUCAGAAGAGCCUGAAGUGGGACGAUGCCAUGACGCGCGUCUAUCACAGCAAGAAGCCCCGGAAAAGAGACGGGUACGCGUCCGACGAAGGGGUUGCCGACAUUGGCUCCCCAGGCCGCGAAGAACGGACGGCUACGCUCGAGGAUAUCGAGAUGCCAGAUGCAGAUGCGGCCGACCUUGCUCCGUCGCAACGAUACAUCAGCUCCAUGGAGGUUCGCGCGAGGCUAGCAGAGCUUUUUGACAAGGAGCAGGAGCUCCUUUCGCUCCUGUACAACGCCAAGCCGCCCACGCGGAGCUCGCCCAAAGUCACCCCCGACAUGUUCUUCAUGACAACGAUCCUGGUUCCUCCCAACCGAUAUCGACCUGAGGCGCGGACAGGCGAUUCCCAGAUUUCUGAGGCCCAGCAGAACUCGCUGUACAAGAACAUACUCAGGAGCUGCGGCAAGAUUGCCCAAGUGUACAACGCCUUGGACGCGGGAAAUGCCGAUGUUGUCCAGAUGCACCAAGCUUGGACGGAGCUUCAAGAGGGUGUCAAUGCGCUCAUCGACAAAACCAAAAACCCGGUCCAGGGUGCUGCAGCAAAGCGCAACGAAGACGGCAUCAAGCAGAAGCUCGAAAAGAAGGAGGGUCUGUUCCGAAAAAACAUGAUGGGCAAGCGUGUCAACUAUGCCGCGAGAAGUGUCAUCUCCCCGGAUCCCAACAUCGAAACCAACGAGAUUGGCGUCCCUCCCGUCUUCGCAAAGAAGCUCACAUACCCGGAGCCCGUCACCAGCCACAACUUCCGGGAUAUGCAGCAGGCCGUGAUCAAUGGCGUCGACAAGUGGCCUGGGGCUUUUGCGAUCGAGAACGAAAACGGCCAAGUUGUCAACCUCCGGAACAAGUCAGUCGACGAUCGCAUCUCGCUUGCUAAUCAGCUUCUGGCGCCUACGAACACCAGUGCAGCGAGGAUGAGAAACAAGAAGGUGUAUCGUCACUUGACCAACGGCGACGUUGUGUUGAUGAAUCGGCAGCCGACCUUGCACAAGCCCUCCAUCAUGGGCCACCGAGUACGGGUGCUCCCUGGCGAGAAGACAAUUCGAAUGCAUUACGCCAACUGCAACACAUACAAUGCCGAUUUCGACGGCGAUGAGAUGAACAUGCACUUUCCGCAAAACGAGGUUGCGCGGGCGGAAGCUCUGCAAAUCGCCGACACUGACCACCAGUACUUGUCAGGGACUGCCGGCAAGCCACUGAGGGGCUUGAUUCAAGACCACAUAUCCGUCUCGGUCACGCUGUGCAAUCGCGACACCUUCUUCACUCGGGGCGACUACCACCAACUGGUGUACAGUGCCCUGCGCCCGGAGAGCGGACACAUCCUUGGAGAAAGGAUUGAGCUCGUGCCCCCGGCAAUCAUCAAGCCCCUACCAAGGUGGACAGGCAAGCAGGUGGUGACGACUAUCCUCAUGAACAUGCGCCCACCCAACUGCGGCGGCCUGUCAAUGCGCAGAGACGCCCAAAUAAGAGCGGACCAGUGGGGUGCCAAUUCGGAGGAGGGUGUCGUUCUCAUUCAGGACGGAGAGUUCAUCACAGGCAUUCUGGACAAGUCGCAGAUCGGGCCUAGUUCUGGAGGCCUGAUUCAUGCCAUUCACGAAAUUUACGGCCCUGCCGUGGCAGGCAAGUUGCUGAGCAGCCUUGGUCGACUGUUGACGAGAUACCUCAACAUGAGAGCGUUCUCCUGCGGCAUGGAUGACCUCCGACUUACUCAGGAGGGUGAAGACGCACGACGAAAGGAGCUUCUUGCCGCAGAUAAAGUGGGCGUUCAAAUCGCAUCUGGCUAUGUGUCGCUCGAAAACCAGACCAACCCGCUCAACCCUCUUCUCCUGCGGCGGCUUGAAGAGGUCGUGCGCGAUGACAGUAAGCAGGAAGGCUUGGAUCUCUUGAUGAAUCAGCGAACGAAGGACAUCACGGAUGCCGUCCAGAAAUCCUGCAUUCCUAAGGGUUUGGAAAAGCCCUUCCCGAAGAAUCAAAUGCAGGCCAUGACAACAUCGGGAGCCAAGGGCUCGCGAGUGAAUGCAUCCCUCAUUUCGUGCAAUCUCGGCCAACAGGUUUUGGAAGGAAGGCGUGUGCCUCUGAUGGUCAGCGGCAAGACUCUGCCGUGCUUCAAGCCGUUUGAAACGAACGUCAGGGCCGGCGGCUACAUUGUUAAUCGCUUCUUGACAGGCAUUCGGCCUCAGGAAUACUACUUCCAUCACAUGGCCGGUCGAGAAGGUCUGAUCGACACAGCAGUGAAGACUUCGCGCUCAGGCUACCUGCAAAGAUGCAUCAUCAAGGGCAUGGAAGGGCUGACGGUUGCCUAUGACACGACCGUAAGGGACGCCGAUGGGUCUAUGAUUCAGUUUCUAUACGGUGAGGACGGUCUUGACGUGACGAAGCAAAAGUACCUGUCCGACUUCAGCUUCAUUUUGCAAAAUGUCACGUCUGAGGCAGCGCAGUUACGAUAUGACCCAAAGCUCGGCGAGCGCCUCGGGGCCAACCGGGCCGCGUUCACCAAGUACAUGAAAAGCGCCAUCAAGCAUGGGAAGGCCAACGACCCGAACGCAAAGGACCCUCUUUCCGCCAACUUUGAUCCAGCUACGAACGCUUUCGUCACAUCAGAAACGUUCUACGAUGCCAUGUCAAGCUACCUCAAGGAGAAUGCCGACGGGUUGGUGCGCGAGAAAGGUGACAAGACUCAACAAGGCCUGCCCCGCGUUGCCCUGAACCGAAAGAACGCGGAAAUGCUUUUUGCAAUGAAGUACCUGAGGUCUCUUGUGGAGCCAGGCGAGGCUGUGGGCAUUGUUGCGGGCCAAUCUGUGGGCGAACCCUCGACGCAGAUGACACUGAACACCUUCCACUUGGCAGGGCAUUCGGCUAAGAACGUUACAUUGGGUAUCCCGCGACUUCGCGAGAUUCUGAUGACGGCAAGCAAGGACAUUUCUACGCCGGCCAUGUCCCUAUAUCCAAUCUCGGAGCUUUCAUCGAACGAUGCAGAGGUAUUCGCCAAGUCAAUCAGCGCGCUGCGACUGGGGCAAAUUCUUGACAGUGCUUCUGUGGAGGAGAGGGUGGGCAAAGGCAAGAUGUACGGCUUGGCGAAGGUCUACAACGUCAGCCUCAAGUUCUUCCCGUCGGCAGAGUACACCAAGACGUACGCAAUUCGCGUGUGCGAUGUGAUGGAUACGGUCGAGCGGAAGCUGUUGCGAGCCAUCCUGUCUCUUACCAAGAAGGAGAUCAAGAAGCGGCAGGCCCAGGCCACCACUGCCACGCCCGAAAUUGGAGUCAAGGCCGGCGUCGUGGAGAUGGCUGCUCCGGAGCCCGAAGGCGAAGCGCGUGGCGAGGAUGACGACGACGACAUGGGCGACGACGAUGCUACCAACUCGAAGCAGCGUGCGAACCGCAGUGAGGCCGUGUCUUAUGGGCCCAACGACGACGAAGACGACGCCAUCCAGCGGGCGAAUGAGAGGGAGGCCAUGGCCAGCGAGAUGGAGGACGAGGGCUUCGGCGGGAGCCCUCCUCCACCCACGCGGAAUGCCGACAACUCGGACGAGGAAGAGGAGGACGAUGACGAAGACGUGACGUCUUGGUCAGCCAAGGCUCGAACUCAGCGGGCCCUUGACGCUUAUGCGGAGCUGACGGACUUCCAAUCCGACGAGAGGGAUGGCGGCUGGUGCAACUUGACGAUGGAGUUCGACGCCGUUAUUCCCAAAGUGCUGAUGCUCAACAUCGUGCAAGACGCGGUCCGCAAGACGGUGGUGCAGCAGAUCUCCGGCGUCAACUCUUGCAACUUUGUUGAUGAUAAGGGCGUGCGGGUGAUACACACAGAGGGCGUCAACUUGCGAGCCAUGCAAAGAUACAGCGACUUCAUCGACCCGAACCGCAUUGAGACGAACGACAUCGGCGCAGUGCUGGAUGUGUACGGCGUGGAGGCCUGUCGGAGCAACAUUGUGCGCGAAUUGGGAGGCGUCUUCCAGUCACACGGCAUCGCGGUCGACAGUCGGCAUCUGAACCUGAUUGCAGACUACAUGACGAGGAACGGCGACUUCACAGCCUUCAGCCGCAUGGGCUUGAGGGGCAACGUCAGCCCGUUCACCAAAAUGAGCUUCGAGACUACGCUUGCGUUCUUGAAGGACGCUGUUUUGGAUGGCGACUGGGAUGACCUGACGACGCCGAGCAGCCGGUUGGUGAUGGGUAGGCUGGGCAAGGUCGGAACGGGUGGCUUUGAUGUGCUUACCCAGUUGCCGACGUACCAUGUAGACUCGCUGGCGUGA